UGCAUCGCGCUGCACCGUGCGCAGUCUGGCGCAGACGCAGAUGGUCAAAUGUGUCAAGUAGUGCAGUGUCAGACGUGAGAUUGCGGUUAUCGUUUUUAUCGUUGUUCUUGGUGGGUGGUUCAUUCUGUUGUGAAUCGAAAUAAUGGCGGAUACGACGGUAGACGCCACGAGGCGUCUAAACGUCAAAAAGCAGACACUGGACGACGCUUACGCCGCGCCAGCCAAUUUCCUCGAGAUCGACGUAAUGAAUCCAAUGACGCACGGCGUCGGUAAGAAGCGGUAUACCGACUAUGAAGUUCGCAUGAGGACUAACUUACCCGUAUUCAAAGUGAAGGAAUCCAGUGUUCGGAGAAGAUAUAGUGACUUUGAAUGGUUAAGGAAUGAGUUGGAGAGAGAUAGCAAGAUUGUGGUACCUCCCCUACCAGGCAAAGCAUGGAAACGUCAAAUGCCCUUUCGAAGUGAUGAUGGAAUUUUUGAGGAAGACUUUAUUGAAGAUCGAAGAAAGGGCUUAGAAGUCUUUGUGAACAAAAUAGCUGGGCAUCCUCUGGCACAAAAUGAGCGAUGUCUGCAUAUGUUUUUACAGGAGUCCAUUAUAGAUAAAAAUUACGUACCAGGAAAAAUACGAAAUACGUAGGCUCGAUCAACAACCUUAUUAAGCGUACGUUUGAGUAAUUCAUCCUCUGCGUACUUGUUCUUUGAUAUGGACAUUGAUGGCAUAGAGAGUGAAGAGUUAAACUGACAACUGGCAUAUUUUUAUUGGCAUUGGCCAUAGGCCCUGUAAUGCUACGAUAUCGGAUUAGCGUAUAAUUAUCGAUGUAAUGAUUAUCAUUAAUUAUUAUACUUAAAAUGAAAAAGAAGAGAAGCGCGAGAUGAAAUAUUGUGAUAAAGAGAUAGGAGCGCCAUGCAAAGGAAUUCAAUAUACCAGGUAUGCCGAUUUGUGCCAUUCUUUCUAAACAACGUUUGCGAGUGCUGCGGAAGUGUAGAUAAAUUCUAAUAAAUUCCGAACUGACGAUCCACAGACACAUUAUUUCUCAUCCAAUUUGCAAUGUGUCUAUCUCGUUUCAAGUUUCCUUCGCACUGUUAGUAUGCCUCAAAAAGAUCACUUUUUUUGUAUGGUGUAUAAAGAUUAGGGUAGGCUUCUGUAAUUCAGAAUUUUGUAAUUACAUCAGGACGAUAGACGGUUUAUCUCACUAUACUUAUAAAGAGAUGCUGUGAGGAUAUCAAAAUAGGAAUGUAUUAAUGAAAGAGAGAAUGAAAAUAAAAAGCAUGUAUGUAGUGGUAUUGGUGAAAGAUGCAGGGUCGACGUUUCAUUUUACGAAACGUGAUAUUGUUUAAGGUGGCUCCUUUCGUGCAGUGAGUGUGUGUGGGGAAUAUCUUGUGCAUAUACACGCCACCUGGUUGAACAAUGAAUCACUUGUGAACAGGUGAACCAAGACAAGUAUAUACUUUACCAAUCAAUUCAUUCUACUUUACCCAUUUAAGUAAGACAGAAAAAUUGCUAGGAUUGAUCGAAAUAUUUUUUAUAAUUAUCCAAUUUAAAUUCACCGCAGCAAUUGAUUGUAUGAGCGUUCACUCAAUUAGCACAAUUUACUGUAUAAUGUUAUAUAUUGCAUAAGUAAAGAGCUACAUGUAUAUUUUAGAGUAAUUUAAGCCUCUUGCUCACCAUGUCUGUAGGAAUCAGUUUGAUGAUUAGUUACAAGAUCGAGGUGGAAGUCUACAGGUGGGCUGCUGAUCUGUAAUAAAUCAAAGGCAAUAUUGUACAAUUUUCUCAUAAGAAAUUAAUUAAUUUUUAAUUUUAUGAGAAAACUGCACAAGUAGGUUCUGUUUAUUAAUAAUUAUACUCAAGUGAAGUGAGCAGCAGACAUAAAGCAAGCAUGACUAUACGUCUUACUUUCUGUUAGCAUGAAUGUAUAAGUUAUAGGCAUUCAGAUUGGACCGAUGUAGAAUAGAAAGCAAUCUUUAUAAAUGUCACGAGCCCAUGAAAUGCAAUUCAAAUACAGUAAAAUCUAUGUAUACCUGAAAUCCGUAAUAUUAUAUUCAUUAGCAUAAGGUCGGACUUAUGUACCUUCAGUGUUCUGAUAUUCAUGUAUUACGAUAACGUUCAUGCAUACAUUUACUUACCCCAACACGGUCCUAUUUGUUGUUAAUAAUCCUGUAUAUUUAAUGAAUAAUUUGUAUAUUCUGUUUUGAGAUCUGUCAGCAAUGUCUGAAUCAAUUUAUAUGUAAUAUCAUAUUAUCUUAUGCGUGGAUGUUAUUGCAUCGCGAUAUUUCUAAGUGUAAUAAAUGAAGUAUUAGUACCGUAA